CAAGAAAAUUACAGAGAAAGUGAGGAAGGGCAUGAAUUUUUCGGCCGAGGUAGUAUCUUGAAUCGCUGCAUUGCUGUGGUGUUCGGGAAGUUUUGCAGUGAUCGGUGGAUUCAAAUUCGAAUUUGGAAAUCGAUUUGUCGGCUAUAAUUGACUGGAAAUGAUCCGAUUCAUACUCUUGCAGAACAGACAGGGGAAGACCCGUCUGGCUAAAUACUAUGUUCCUCUCGAGGACUCAGAGAAGCACAAGGUUGAAUACGAGGUUCAUCGAUUGGUAGUAAACCGUGACCCCAAAUUUACGAAUUUCGUUGAGUUUCGUACACACAAGAUAAUCUACAGGCGAUAUGCUGGACUCUUUUUCUCUCUGUGUGUUGACAUUACUGACAACGAGCUGGCAUACUUAGAGUGCAUUCAUUUAUUUGUGGAAAUACUGGAUCAUUUUUUCAGCAAUGUUUGUGAGCUGGAUUUGGUAUUUAACUUCCACAAGGUCUAUCUUAUACUGGACGAAUUCAUUCUAGCGGGUGAACUGCAAGAAACGAGCAAGAGGGCAAUCAUAGAGAGAAUGGGGGAACUGGAAAAACUUGAGUGAGAGACAACUGUUGUAGAAUGUUAUAUGAAGAUUGAAGAUUCUUCACAUUUGCUUCUUCCAUCUUUUGAUUGCAACUUGAGAAUUUUGUGACCUUUUUUUUGACUCCUGUUUAUAUAAUGAAUUUCACGAGCUUUAAGUGGGUCGUUUAUGUCUUUAUUUCUUAUAGGCUUGUUUAUGGAUUAUCAUUUAUGUGCUUGUUUAUUGUGUGUUCGUGCCUGUGUUCUUCGGCAACGAUUACAGCCUGUUUCCCAGGGUUAGUAUCGGUGUAGGAGGACAGAGAAUUAGUGGGAUUUUUUUUCUUUUGGUAUGGAUUGAAUACUUUAUAA